AUGGAGCUUUCGGCGGCGCAGGCGGCGGUGACGAUGUUUCUGUUAAGUAGUCUCAUCCUGUCCGCUGUGAAGUCCGCCGAAGACUUCAACGACGCCUCAAUCCUCCGGCGAAAGUCACCUGUAGCUGGGCUUUGCGCUCAACUCAUUGAACCUUCUGGUUUCCCUUGCUCAGAACACCAAACACAAACAAAAGACGGGUUCAUACUGGGACUUCAGCGUGUGUCAUCUAGCUCUGGAAAUCUCAGAAGACAAAGGGGUCCUCCAGUUCUGCUUAUUCAUGGACUUUUUAUGGCAGGUGAUGCAUGGUUCUUGGAUAACCCAAAUCAGUCCUUGGGGUUUGUCCUUGCAAAUCGUGGUUUCGAUGUCUGGGUUGGUAAUGUGCGUGGGACACGCUGGUGUCAUGGCCAUGUAUCUUUAUCAGAGAAAGAUAGGGAAUUCUGGGAUUGGAGCUGGCAGGAUUAUGCUCUUAACGAUCUGCGAGAAAUGAUUCGUUAUAUAUACACAUUAACAAACUCGAAAGUGUUUGUCAUUGGACAUUCUCAGGGAACAAUAAUUUCUCUGGCUGCCUUUACUCAACCAGAUAUAGUAGAAAUGGUUGGAGCAGCUGCACUUCUGUGUCCUAUAACAUAUUUGAAUCAUAUCACUGCUGCAUUGCCUCUUAGAUUAGUUAAAAUGCAUCUUGAUCAGGUUUUUCUUGCAAUGGGCAUUCAUGAACUCAAUUUUAAAAGUGACUGGUGUACUCGCCUCAUGGAUAUGAUGUGCGACGGACAUGUAGAUUGUGGUGACUUGCUAACUUCUGUUACAGGGAAGAAUUGUUGCUUCAAUAGCUCUCGGAUCGAUUUCUAUCUUGAAUACGAACCGCAUCCAACAUCUGCAAAGAAUUUGAAUCAUCUCUUUCAGAUGAUCCGUGAAGGUACUUUCGCAAUGUACGACUAUGGAAGGUGGAAAAACAUGAGGCACUAUGGCCAACUGAAGCCGCCAAAAUUUGAUCUUAGCCGAAUUCCCAGUUCCUUACCAUUAUGGAUGGGAUACGGGGGGAAUGAUGCCUUAGCAGACUUUACCGAUUUGCAGCAUACUCUCAAGGAAUUACGAUCAAAGCCAGAUUUGCUCUAUCUAGAAAAUUAUGGUCAUCUAGAUUUCCUUGUGAGCACAAGAUCAAAGGAAGACGUUUAUGACAGAAUGCUUGCAUUUUUCAACUCACUGGGAACGCUUAGCAGUUACUAA